AGUGCUUUUGGGAGCAGUGACAAGCAUCAGGAUGCCCAUAUAUGCUGCUUCUUCUCCCAUCAUCUAUAUUUCUCUUCUCUACCACCAAUUAAUCCAAACAAAUUUUCCAUCAAAGCUAUCUUCAUGGCCUCCCAAGACCCCAAAGCCUUUCACUGGUACUUCACCGACGACCACAAAGGCUUCCGUUUCCAUAGCCGGGUCCUCCUCCUUUCAAUCAUUUUCUUCAUUUUCAUCCUCCUCGUCAACUGCUUAUUCCUGUAUGGGCAGUGGCUGUGUCGCCGGCGCUCCGCCGCCUAUUCUGAUCUUGUCUCCAGAUCUCUGUCCUAUGCAGCAAGAACACUGCAGCCUGCUGAUUGUCAUGGCCUUGAAGCUGCCAUCAUAGACAGCUUUCCGAUCUUCUUCUAUGGUUCAUUGGGCGAUUCCAAUGCAUUCAAAGAUGUUGUGAAAGAAUCUGAGUGCUCUAUCUGUCUUGGAGUAUUCCAAAAGAAGGAAAAAAUUAAGAUGUUGCCUAGAUGUCACCACGCUUAUCAUGCUGAAUGUGUAGACAAGUGGCUGAGAGCUCAGUCUAGUUGCCCUCUUUGUAGAGCCUCUCUCCGAAUUGACCCUCUUGAUGAAUCGGCCAUUCCUUGAAUUUACAGAUGACAAUGUGCAAUACCACUCAAAGAGCUAGAGUAGGAAGAAAUUAAAGAACCUAGGGACUUACAUAUUACCCUGUUUUUGUGGGGGUUGAUGGGUAGUUUAUUUUCACAGAACAAACAGUUUAAUGUAUUUGUAUAUGACUCACUUGUGAGUGUUGAUAGUGGAAGAUGCUUAAUUCUGGCUAUCAGUGACUUUCACUGUAGAAUUCAGCCAAUGGUGGAUAUGGAAAUUUUGAUUUAGAUGUUCAAGAACAUAUAUGAAUUGUCAAUGGCUCAUUUUCAAUAAUCAAGUUCAUGUCAAAGUCUUGUUUGG